AUGGAUAUUCAACUCACCGAUACCGCUCGGAUAUGGUGGGCAGCUGAGAAGACUCAUUUGGAGAGGCCCAUCCUGUGGGAGACGUUCAUCGAGCACUUCAACAGGAAAUAUUUUCCUCAGUCAGCUCGGGAUGAACUGCUAUGUAGAUUUGUUGAGCUUAAGCAAGGAGGGCGAACAGUUGAUGAGUACGAGGCUGAGUUUUCUUCUUUGAGUCGAUAUGCUCCCCACUUGGUUACAGACCCUACGAUUAUGAGGCAUCAAUUUCAGAAGGGUCUGGGCAAGUACAUGAGGAUGGCUUUGGCAGGUAGAGCUUUGGCGACCCAUGAUGCGGUGCUAGAUGCAGCUCUCGAGAUUGAGAGCGUACAUAAGGAACCUGAAGACUCACAUGUGAUUCAGAGCAGGGCACCCAUAGUUCCAGAUAGGAGUGGCGAGCGUCCUCCUCAGAGACAGUAG